AUGGCUGAUCCUACUGAGAGCACACCCGAUAAUUCUAACACGGUCAGGAAGCUAUCAAAGAAUCAGAUUUUGACACUUAUUUCUACUGCUUCGCUUAACUUCAGUUCUAUGAUCUGUUAUUCCAUUUUGGGACCUUUUUUUCCUCAAGAGGCUGUGAAGAAGGGGCUUAGUAACACAGUGAUUGGCUUAAUAUUUGGAUGUUUUGCUGUGUUUAAUUUUUUAAGCUCAUUAAUAUUUGGAAGAUAUCUUGUACAGAUUGGAGCAAAAUUUAUGUUUGUGUCAGGUUUGUUUACAUCUGGAGUUGCUACAGUACUUUUUGGAUUGCUUGACAAAAUUCCUGAUGGAACAAUAUUCGCAGUUAUGUGCUUUCUGGUCAGAGCAGUGGACGCUGUGGGUUUUGGUGCUUCAAUAACAGCUUCUUGUUCUAUUUUGGCAAAGGCAUUCCCUAACACUAUAGCUACUGCAAUGGGAUUUCUGGAAAUUUUUACUGGUCUUGGACUUGUCUUAGGUCCUCCAAUAGGAGGAUUUCUAUACCAGACAUUUGGAUAUGAAGUUCCCUUCAUUGCCCUUGGCUGUAUUGUCUUUUCAAUGGUGCCACUAAAUAUGUACAUCUUGCCAAAAUAUGUUGCAGAUUCUUUACCAAGUGAACACUCUUUCUGGGCUUUAGUGAAGCUCCCCAAAGUUAUGGUAAUAUGUUUUACCAUCUUUUCACUGAGCUCAUGCCUAGGAUUUUUGGACCCAACCUUGUCCUUGUUUGUAAUAGAAACAUUUCAUUUGAAAGUUGGAUAUGUUGGCCUGGUUUUUCUUGGGCUCGCCUUGUCGUAUUCAUUUAGUUCACCACUGCUUGGAAUGAUUAGUGACAGGUUACCAGUAAGUAUUAGUUAUACAGAUAAUUUUGCUAUUCAUUAA